CCUACAUCAUUAACAGCACCCGGGUACAGUUUUGCCCCUGCUAGAACUUACCUAGAGCUCUACCUCAACCCCUGAUAUACCCCGGAAUCCAAAAGAUGGCGCCCUCGAGACUCUCGCCAGACCCGCCGUCAGAAACGCCCCCCGCCGGUCUCACCCCCAAACAAGUCGCCUCGUUCCAGCGCGACGGCUACCUGAUCAUCCCCUCGUACCUCUCGCGCGAGACCUGCCAGACACUCCUCUCCAAGACGCACGAGCUGCUGAGCGAGUUCCCGCUGGAGGACCACCCGAUGACGCGGUUCACGACGGGGACGGACGAGGCGGGGCGGCCGACAGAGAAGACGCACGUGGGGGACGACUACUUCCUGACGUCGGGGGACCAGGUGCGGUUCUUCUUCGAGGAGGACGCCUUCGACGCGGGGACGGGGGCGCUGACCAAGCCCAAGGAGCGGGCGAUCAACAAGAUCGGACACAACCUGCACGGGCUGGUGGGCGAGUUCGGCGCCGUGUCGCACGCGGGCGAGGUCGGGCGGCGCAACGCGGCGAUCGCGCGCGCCCUGGGCUACCGCGACCCGCGGCUGCUGCAGAGCAUGGUGAUCUGCAAGCAGCCGGAGAUCGGGGGCGCGGUGCCGCCGCACCAGGACAGCUCGUUCCUGUACACGCGCCGCCCGUCGGCCGUGGGCUUCUGGCUCGCCCUGGAGGACGCCACCGCGGAGAACGGCUGCCUGAGCUUCGCGCCGGGCAGCCACCGGCGCGCCCCCGUCCGCGACCGCUUCGUGCGCCGCGCGGUCGACGGGUCCGCGGGCACGACCUUUGAGAGCGUGCCGGACGAGGACGGCCGGUGGCCGCGGGACUUUGAGCACGACGAGGGCUCCCCGGGCGGCGAAGAGGAGGAGGAAUACGUCCUCGGCGAGGUCGAGGCCGGCAGCCUCGUGCUCAUCCACGGCAACAUCCUGCACAAGAGCGAGAAGAACACGAGCCAGAAGGGCCGCAUCAUCUACACGUUCCACCUGAUCGAGGGCGAGGAGCACUACGACGACAAGAACUGGCUGCAGAUCCCCGGCGGGCCCGAGGCGUUUACCAAGCUGGAUGGCAAGUCGUAGGUCCAGUGCAGAUAGACAAACGGAGACUGAAAGAAACUCGCCUGUCAUGAGAACGCACUCAACCCACCUGCCCACAGACCA